AUGGCAUCCCCGGGCCACAACCUCCUCUCUGAAGAUUGUAGGGUUGCUAUUAAUCACGUGGCAUCUUAUGAGCUGCACAUCAGUGAGGCUUAUUUAUCUCUGGCUUGUUAUUACAACGAAGACACGGGAGCACCUCUUUUUGCCGCAUUCUUUGAAGACCAAGCUGAGGUGAAUAGGGAACAUGCAAAGCAGUUCCUAAGAUAUCUAAGAAAGUGUGAUAGUAAAAUCUGCCUUCUGGUGAUGAAGAGGCCUGACACAAAUAACUGGGGAACUGGAGUACAGUACAAACUCUGGAGUCUGCUCUGGGGUUUAGAGAACAAGUUAACCAACCUCCUGCUAGACCUGAAGACCAUGGCUUCUGCCAACGAGGAAACUGAUCUCUUACACUUCAUGGGAAAGUUCCUGGACAAACAGAAGAGGAACACGAGCUACCUGGAACACCAGCUUGUAUAUCAUAAAGGAUUAGAAAAGCAGGCCCAGGAGGAAGACCUGUUUAAAAAGCCUGCUCAAGUGUCAGGUAAACAGACGUAA